AUGAACUUCAACAAGGGCGCCGGCAACCCCGGCCAAGGAGCCCAGCAGUUUGCAGGACGCCAGCGGCCCAAUGCCAUGCUCCCUCCCCAAUUCCAGCAUUUCACGCCUCAGCAGCUUCAGGAGCUUGAAAACAACCCUCAGUUCCAAAACACCAUGCGCCAGUUUUACCAGAACAAAAUGUUGCAGCAACAGCAGGCGUUGCUCAGACAGCAACAGCAGGCUGGAAUGGGCCAGGGAAUGGGCCAGAUGGCAGGACAACCUAAUCAGAACCUAGCACAAACUCCCAACCAGAGGAUGAUGAACAGAAACAUACCGUCAGGCUACAUGCCACAAAACCAGCAAGCACAACAACAACUCCAGGCUCAGCGUGCAGGCCACCAGGGUCACGUUCAAAUGGGCGGAAAUGGUAUGCCUGGAGGUAUGAACAACCCAGCUGCUGCUGCGGCAGCAGCAGCGGUAGCGGCGGCUUCUCUGUCCAACUACAACAACGUGCAGAAAUUCGGAGGCCAGUUUCCUCCACAGGGCGCCAGUGCUCCCGGACAAAUGCCUAUGGGAGGUCAGCCUGGUCAAGCCAGAAAUAGCUUGUACGGCGCCAUGGGCGGAAUCCCUGACCCUUCUUCGGCAGCUGCCAUGGGCGGGAACCCGGCUGCCUCAUCUAUGAACAGCAUACUGACGAUUCCUGGGCCCAUUGCUGGUGCUGUGCCUACUGGAGGUGCAUCUAGACCUCAACAAAGCUCAAGAACACUGCGCUUCGGCAACACAGAGGAGCCCGAGUAUCCUCCUGGAUUUGGCCCCGAUUCCUUGGUCAAGCUUCCUUUGAAACAGCUCGCAUCGCUCGACGAGUGGUCUCAAAAACUAGCUGAGGAGGGCAAAGAGAUACCUCUCGAUAUCAAGAUCUACGAGGCCAUCAUCAAGAAAGACAGCUCCUAUCUCCGUGACUUGCAGCAACAAUCCAAAAAGAACAAGACAAUGAUCGAGAAAAUGGCUCGUGACAUUAAAACAUACAACACCAUCAAACAGCUUCGAAUGAACGCGAUCAACGCCUCCGACAAAAACCAAUACAACAACAGUAUCUGGGGUGAGGGCUACCUGGGCUACGGUAACGGAAUUAGCAACACCGCCACGCAGGUGAUCUUGCCUCAGAACAACAAGCCAUUUUCCCGUGUGCCCGACAUCGGCUACACUGAGAAGCAACUAAAUGAGGCCGUUUUGCGAGGUUUGAAGACAGGCAAAAACAAGCCAUUGGUCCCCAUUCGUCUAGAUUUCGACCAGGAGAGAGACAGGUUCAAGCUUCGAGACACAUUCUUGUGGGACUUGAGCGAUGAAACGUACAGAAUCGAGAACUUUGUCCGCACGCUUAUCGAGGACUACAAGUUCAUUCCAGACCAGCAUUUCCAUUCCAUCAUGAACACCGUCAACGAGCAAAUCAAGGAUUUUAAACCCAUUGUCGAUAACCCUAUGGGCGAGUUGCGGGUUCCUAUCAAAAUUGACCUUGUCAUCAACAACACACAAUUCACGGAUCAGUUCGAGUGGGACAUCUUGAGUCUCAGCGAGAACGAUCCCGAGGAGUUUGCGACUAUUCUUUGUGAUGAAAUGAGCUUACCUGGCGAGUUUGUCACCGCCAUUGCAUUCAGUAUUCGUGAGCAAGCGCAGCUUUUCCACAAGGCGUUGUUCCUCGUGGGCUACAGCUUUGAUGGUUCGCUUGUUCGGGAAGAUGAGAUUCGCUCUCACCUACUUCCACCUCUACGUGUGCUCACUAAUAGCGAAGCAGGAGAGCAGGUGGAAGAUUUCAUCACCACGUUGCGUAAUCCAGCUGCUGUAUCUGACUUCUCGCCUGCUUUGAACAAACUCACACAGCUGGAGGUGGAGAAGAUUGAUAAGGAGAUGGAGAGAGAGUCUCGUCGCCGUAGACGUCACAACAACGACUUCAGUUACAAUGAGAACGGACCAAACAUGGGCGUGAACAGGGGAACUGCUUCCAGAAGAAGCGGGCUUCAUAUUGGAAGAGGUGUCAAGACGACGCUACCCGAUCUCUCAGAGAUUCCCAAGAUGUUCCGCACGCCUAUGCCCUCGAGUAUCUUGCCUGGUGGUAUUGAUCUUGGCGUGCCUGAGAUUUACGGCUACAAUGAGCUCAUUGUCAACCGUACUCAGAUCAGAAACCCAGAUUACAAGCCUCCGAACGCUGAGCUUGUGACUUAUGCUCGUGACGGAGGUUCUUUCUUCGUAAAGAUCAAGAUGCCUCGCAGAUACCAUUAA